UGUCACACUCACUGCUCUCUAGUAUGUCAAUAAGAUGUCACGUUCACUGCUCUCCACUGCAUAUAUAUAUAUGCGUCUCCCCAGAAAACUCACCACUCAUCUGCUUUUCAGCUUUGAACAAACAUUGCUCCUUCUCCCUUGAAGAACAAUAAGGUGUUGCCAUGACUGAAAAAAUGGUUGUGACCCAACCCCGGCCUUUUAUCGCAACCGCUACAACCAACCAGUGGACGUCUGGCAUCUGUGACUGCAUGCAAGACCUGCCCCAGUGUUGCUUGGCCUUUUGGUGCCUUCCCUGCUUCACCUGUAAGACAUCGCACGAGGCUGGGGAGUGUCUAUGUUUACCUCUGCUGGACGCUUUUGGAGUCAUUCCACCAAUGACCACAGCCCUCAGGGUGUCAGUACGCCAGCGAUAUGGCAUUGAGGGUACAAUCUGUAAUGACUGUGUGUACUCCGUCUUCUGCGGGCCCUGCACCUGGUGUCAAAUAGCAAGAGAAAUCAAAACAAGAACAAGUCCCAUUACCUUCAUUAACAUGACUGCCUCAUACAAAGGCUGAAUACGUCAAUGCAUCAUCACAAUUGGAACAAAUGUCACCACCACUGUCAAGGACUUCUUUUCCUCACCAGGAUCAGGGCUGUCAUGCUAUUUGGAAAUAAGAGAGAUAGUCAUUUGUACCUCUGAGGAAUGUCACUGAACAGCUGAUUACA